CACACACACACUCAUGCAAACAUACAUACAACUGAUUUUUGGAGGUUAAUUUUACUGCGCUUUACAGAAUUGGAUUCUUAUUGAAAGAAAUACAAAGUCUAAGACACCCAAGAAUGUCAUCGGCACUAUAUUGUAAUAGUAGAUACAUUAUGUACACAAAUUGUCGCAGGCUGAAUGUCGUCACCGCAGUUAUUAAAAAGAACAAUAAUAAUACCGAACUUGCAAAGUGUAGCCGGAAAUUCGCAGUGAAUGCGGUUUUACCUUGUCGAAUACUGUCAACGCGUCGUUAUUUCAGCACUCAACAAAAUGAAACUAUUAAAAGGACCUAUAUUCCGCUUAUGGACUUUCCUGCAGAACCUGAGGCGGGAAUCUUCCAACUGCUUAAAUGCCUUCUAGCCUUCAAAUUCGGUAUUUCUAGAAUCGACCAAGAAUUUGACUUAAAUGAAUUCAUAAACGGUUCACAACAAGCUGUAUGCGUUGUAUCAAACGCUUUGGCUAGAGAAGAUUACGAAAGCUUGGACGGCCUCGUUACUCCGGACGCUAUAGAGAUUCUAAAAGGCAAUAUAUCCCGAAUGAGCGAGGAACAAAAAGCAGAGAUUGCCCUGGACAGUAAAGAAUUCCUAUUCUGUUUUCCUAGCACCGUUAAUAUCCGGGAUGAUGAAUCAUCAAAGAUUGUCGAAAUACUGAUGGUAUACCAUUUUUUACGAAAUUGGAAAGGUUUACAAGAGCCCGGUGAAAUUGCAGAAUCAACAUCCCCGAUGCAACGGCUACAAAUGACGCAUGCAGCAAUGAUGGACCCGGAUUAUGCAUUGCAUGCUAUUGUUUGUAACUACAGAUUUGUCAGACACUAUGGACAUAUGGAUAGUACAUGGCUUAUUGAUUUAGUUAAUCAAUUCAGACUGUGUGAUGUGAAGAAAUGAAUGGUUUAAUAGUUGCAUAUAGCAGUGAAGUUAUCGAUCAAGAACUGUUUAUAAGAUUGGAAAUGCUACUUGAUACAUUUUUGUUUACAGCCAUUAAUUUGUUCAAUUGCCAUUUUCAACACAGAUAUAAUAAUUAUUUACAUCUGCGAUAACUGAAGUAAGUUAUUUUAAUUUUUGUCAUGUUAAUAAAUAUAUUCUCAAGUAUAAGACUGCUCUUUUGAUAUUGAGCACUUGCCUUGAUUGAUAUGCAGAGCACUAUCUGACUUAUAGAUUUUUAUAACAACUUUGCCCUCAGCAUUCCAAGGGAAAGAAGUUAUGAAGUGACACCAUUUUUCCACAAUUCUGCAAGCAUGUUUUCACCACAGAACAUACGUAUAAAGAAUACGAUUGUCUAUAGAAAAAAAGCCUAAUUCGUGUGUAAUUGCAAUCUAACUUAAGAUCAAGUGUGUAAAAUAAAUAAAACCGAAAAUACGACCAUUUGAAUUAGGGUGUACUCUCGAUUUUCAGCAAUAAUUGUUGAAAUGAGUGGGAAAAAGAUAUGCAAAAAAAGCAUGCCUCAUUUGAACUGAAAACUUUGUUUCUUAUGCAUAUGUUUUAAAUUGAAAACUUUGCAGAUUCAAAAUUAUUAUUGGCUUAUUCAGGGUUUUUGCCUCUCAGUAAAUUUUAAUGUAAAUGAUAAAAUCUAUUACUAUCUCAAGGUCGGCUGUCACUUGCGUAUCCGUUUCAUAUACGUGAAAUUUCAAAUUUUUCAUUUUCUAGUUAAAAAAAUAUUGUUUUACGGCAUUUAUAUCGGACUAACAUAAGACCAUCCAAUUAAUUGAUUAAUCGAUUAAAGGGGAUCUACGAUUAGUCACUUUUCUAUUAAUUGAUUAAUCGGUAGUAAUAGUUAACCGACUUUUUUAGAUUAAUCGAGUAAUCGGAAAGACAAUUGAACAUGCCCUUGAUCAAGACUGAAAUAGAUGCUUAAUGAAACGAAGGAAUUAAACUUUGUAUAAGUUUGUUAUUAUUAAAAGUUCACCAACUAGCUUUUGGUUCAAAGGUUGUACAUUGCAAAGCCUUAAUGUUACUGAUUUUGAGAUUCAACGAAAUCGUAGUGGGCAGUUUUCAGAGUGCUCUGAACAACAAAAUUGUAACAACGAUUUUUUAAUUGUUUCUGUCGCAUUGCUUUAUUAAAUGUUUGAAUCUGUACAAGAUGUCGAGUAGGCACAAAUUUGGAGGAAUUUAAAAUUACUUUGAGCUCAGUUAUGCAUACUUUAUUUGAACUAUUCCCUAAUUUUUGUUAACACUGUAAAUUUUUCCAAAACUGAGUCAAUUUAAUGAGAGUACCUGAUGACCUGUAUACGAGGUAUUCCAUGCGAACUCGACAAAUGAUCUUUUUGCACCAUUUUUUGUUCAUAAUUUUUCAUACGAUUGUCCUGAUUCUGAAUAUGAUUCCUGAAUUAUUUACGAUUUUUAUUGUAAACCGUUAUGUUUUUAUAGAUUGUUAAAGGUGAAAUAAUGUGAUUUGUAUAAAUUUCAAACAAAUUCUCAAAAAUUUAUCGAUCAAAGACGAUUGUUUAGGUCGUUUGAAAAGAUUCUGGAAACCAGUAACACCACAUUCACGAAUUUUUACUUUUUUGAAAUUGGUGUAAUAAAUAUUUAAAAAAAUAGUUUCCACUUUGGGAAAUGGCUAAAAUGAUCGUCUUUGGUCGAGGAAUUUUUGAGAAUUUUUUUGAAAUAUUCAACAAUGGCAUAUUUUUUAACUUUAACAAUUUGUUACAUUCUCCAGAUCUCAUGUUCCCCUCUCACUGUUUUAUAGUCACAUUACACCCUGUAUCCUCUCCUUAUCUUCAUCCAGCUGCCUUGGUUUCUGCACCGAGUUAGCAGGUUCAUCUCUAAACUGUAACUAGCGAGUAUCCUACAUUUUCUAAACUCGUCACUUUCAUCCUAAUUUUAGCAAGAGUCACUUAUAAAUAUAUCUCUCCAUGCCAAUUGAAGACCUUUCCCUAAGAUGACUCCUUUACAUUGACCACUGUUAUAAUUCAAUUAUAUGAUCAUUAAUAAUAAACAAAUUAUACCAUUUGAAUUAUCUACCUUCCUUAAAACCGAUCCCUUCCUUCUUCUAUCAUUUCCUGCAUUGGGAGUAGCGGCACAUAAAUGUCUAAUUGACGUGUAUGAACCCCAAAACAGCCAAAUAACACCUUGGCUAGGCGUAGAUUAGAUUUCAGUAGCUACUCAUCGAAGUCUACACGAUUUACCCUCUAACAAGUUUAUAAAAAAAUAAUGGUUUGCGAGAAAUAUCUGAAAUAAUUAAAAACUUUUCAGUCAAGACAAUAGUAUAAAAAAUUAUGAACCAAACCAACAAUGGUAAGGGAAAAUCAUUUGUUGAGUUGGCAUGGAAUACCCCAUACACUACUGCAAUUUUAUAAUAUAUGCAUAUAUUAAAUUUAAUUACAUUGUUAAUAUCAUCUGUACAUAAUCUUUGAAUUUAAUAAUGUUAUUUUCAAUUGGUCAUAACUCAACAGAUAUGAAUAGGUGAAUUUGAUCGUCAAUGAGAGAAAUCGCAAUUAUAUCUACUUGAUGCUAUUACAUAACUUUGUAAAUGCAGCCGAGGGUAUUUGGGGCGACAGAUCUGUUACCAAAAUUUAUCUAUAGUUGACAUGUUCACGUAUUAUUAAUCAACUACGUAUGUGAGGUGCAAUUAAAUUUCAAUUCAGAGUUAGAUUUGGAUGUUUGGCAGUCUAGAGAUAAUUAAAUCACUUUUAACCAUUUUUUGAUGGAUAUCUGGGUGUGUGUAUAGAUUUUCACAAAAAUCGAUCGUGCAGCUUCUGAGCUAUUAACAUGAAUUAUUUACUUUUUUUCG